GUCAUUCGGGCGGAGCCCCACUAUAAAUUCCUCGACUGCCUCUUGACCAGCUCCUGCGCAGCAUUUUCCUUCUUUACUUCUUUUAGGUGUCGCUCUGCAUUUAUCACGCCAGUCACAAUGCCGUCUGAUCUGGAGAGAGCGAUGGAGACUCUGAUCACUGUGUUUCACCGUUACGCGGGCAGAGAGGGUAAUAAAGCAUCGCUGAGCCGCAAAGAACUCAAACAGCUGAUGGAGACAGAGCUGUCCAGCUUUUUGAAGUCUCAAAAGGAUCCUGCUGCAAUAGACAAGAUUAUGAAGGAUCUGGACGCUAAUGGCGACGGAGAGGUGAAUUUCGAGGAGUUUGUUUCUCUUGUGGUCGGUUUGUCCAUUGCUUGCGAACAGAUCUACCAGACGCACCAGAAACUGACAGCAGGUGUUAAAAAGCAAUAAAAACUGAAACAAGAGGGGAAAAUAUGUUUUAUUCGUGUCGUAUUUUAAAAAAAUAGGUGUGAAUGUACACUGUCUGGCACAUUCCUCAAUCUGAAUCUGUUACAGUGUAUUGUGUUUUGAUGACUGCACAGACAAAUUAUGUUUAAAGAUUAUGUUUUGAAGUGGUGUAAGUGUUAACCAUGAACAUAAACAUUCACAAUAAAUUCAUCCAUUUUU